AUGAGCUUGACUCGCACUCCUUCCGUCCUUCUGAUAGGCCUCUCCUUCGACCACCCCGCCAUCGCCGAGCACAUGAAACCUACCCUCUCCUCUAACGUCGCAUCAAUCGAAGAUCUCAUGCCCAAAGAAGGCUACGAGUUCAAAGCUCACUUCUUCGGCCCCCAGGACCUCGAGAAGACGCCAUCGGCCUUCGUCUCACCCGUUGUGGAGGUGCUGAAGGCAGUCAAGUGGGACGUGGUCGUGAUUGGGUUCGGAAUUCGGGGAAAUCCAGCAUUGACGGUGUUUUUCGAGGGGUUGGUUGAUGCAGUUCGUGAAUGGGCACCGCAGGCGGGGUUGGGGUUUAACGACGGGCCGAAACCUGAGGCGACGGUGGACGCUGCGAAAAGAGUGAUGGCAAGGGCAGUGACUGAGUAG